GCCUAGUCUACGGUCUUCUUGAACAAUUUAUCUAUGUUUGUAAUUUCGUGAUUUUAUUUAAAUUAUGUUCGUCCUAACAAAAGAUAAUGAAAAGUUCGUGUUGUUGCCCAACAAACCUGUUUACACCGUUGGCCGUCAAGCCACAGAUUUGAUUAUCAAGGAGGACCUCAGUGUCAGUCGCACUCAUGUCAAGUUCCACCUGCCAGAUGAAGAAGAUGCUAGCCUCAAAAUUGAGGAUCUUGGCUCCAGAUAUGGCACCUUUAUUUUCUCCGGAAGCACUAAUGAAGCGAAAAAAGUGGCUCCAAAACAAUUGACUCCUAUUCCUGUGGGAAUAAGAGUGCGAUUUGGCGGCACGACGAGUAUUUGGAAAGUGACGCAGUUGAAAAUAUUAACCACUACUUCCUCAUUGGGUCAAGAGGAGGUUCAGGAUCUGGUGGCACUGCUGAGACCUUUGGGGGGCGCUGUAACAUCUGCCUGGACCGAGGGGUGCUCACACCUCACCAUGAACGGAGCUUCAGUUACUGUGAAGCUGUUGCACGCAAUGUUGGAGAACAAACCCAUUGUGACGGUUGCCUACUGGCGAGAUAUGCUAAAGACGGCGCAACGUAUUCACGUAAAGGAAGGAUGGCCCCAGCCAGAGGACUACCAGCCCCCCAAUUUGGAUGUUAAGUGGAGGCCCGAGCGCACCCGACUCUUUGCUGGAAAAACGUUCAUAUUUAUGCACCGCAAACACAUCGACAUGUAUGGAUCAGUCGUGCAAAAAGCUGGAGCCGCCUGCAAGGAUCUAAAUAAUGGCGUGCGCAAGACAUUCUUAACCAGAAAGAAUGUUAUAGUGGUCCAGUACGUGCCUUCAACACAGUCCCAGUCCACAGAAUCUGUUAAUUUUGUUAUAGACACUCUGGAGCAGGCUGGACUGCGGAUUAUCCAGGAGUAUGAGAUUGGAAUGGCUUUGAUCAACUGCUCCAUCGCCGAGUUCUGUAAUCCGCUUCACAAGUUAAGCAAUGACUCAAUGCCCACCACUGAGUCUAUGACAUCCUCGAUCGCGCUUAACUCCUCUAUCCUGGCACCCAACACGGAACGAAGCGAACGUCAAUCGAUUCCUGCAUUUACAUCGGAACUAACAGUUCCAGAAUCCGAUGCCUAUGAAAUGGAUGAAUCAGAAGAUCAAAGUGCAAAAAAGGUAAUGGCAAAACGAUGUCAUGCCUCAAUUUCCAAGUCUUCGGAUGAUGAGGUGGUAAAUAAUGUCAAACGAGCCAGGUCGAGUAUUCAAGAAGAACCAAAGAUUCGAAACAAAAAUCCAAUAAUGAUCGAGUCCUCUGAUGAGGAGGAAUCCCCGAAACCCCCACCGCCAGUUCAAAAAAGGGAAUUGGCGAAGAAAAACAAACCAGUAUAUGUAGACUCUUCCGAUGAAGAAAACUCUCCUGCUGCAGAGAAAGAAAAAGAAAUUGAGAAGAAGAAGGAGGUGACCCGGUCACCAGCCACCCGGUCGUCAUCUCGCUUGAAUGCCGACAACAAAACUACAAAUAUAACGAAAACAUUGCCGGCAAAAACACCCGCAGUACUUGAAAGAAAGAAUAUAACUAACGAACCGCCUAAAAAUCCAACAAUUAAACCCAAAUCCAGUACAGUUCUCACAGUAGCUUCAGAUGAUUAUGAUGAUGAAGAGCUAUUCCAAUUCAGUAAACCUUCCGAAGAGCCAACAGAAUCCAGCAAUGUGGCGAAACCUGUUUCCAGGACCAACACCAGGACCAAAAAUCCAACAACUAAACCCAAAUCCAGUACAGUUCUCACAGUAGCUUCAGAUGAUGAUGAUGAAGAGCUAUUUCAAUUUAGUACACCUUCCGAAGAGCCAAAAGAAUCCAGAAAUCAGGCUAAAUCAGGCCAGGUUUCCAGGUCCAAUACCAGCUCUAGGAUAAGUGUUGCAAACUUUUUGGAAAAAUCCCAACCACAAGAACCCCGGCCUUCAAAUUCGCAAUCCCAGCUCCAGUCGCAAACUCAACCUCGUAAGCGUCUACGACUGGAACCCUUGAAUGAAAGCGACAGCGAUGAUGGCGAAAAUCUCUUUAAUUUUGCUGGCAGUAAAAAGAAAAAGAGAAAUCAUGAGGAGGAGGCCAAAAACGAUUCCAACGAAGGCUUUUUCAACUUUAACUCGAAUACUGAAGUAGAUCAGGAUUUCAUACCCACUGAACCCUUUCCAUCGAAAGUUGAAAACAAGUCGAUGUCAAAGUAUGUGGUGCCGCAGCGAAAGGAGGUGCCUAAAAAGGUGGACGUGAGUGGAUGGUUGUCGGGCAGCAGGCUGCACCAGACCAUCAAAUCGGAGGCGAAUGUCAGCUUGGAUGGAGGCGAGAAUCUCGAAGUGAAACUUGAAAAAUCCAUCAAAGAAGAUCCAGAUGAGGAAAAUGACAACAAAGCCAACUUGAAGUGGGAAAUGUCCAUGAAGGAUAGCAUUCAGGUGAAAAUGUGUAGCCUUAAUAUUUCCAAUCGCUCACAGGACGAGCUAGAUGCUCCACUCGAGACUUAUGAAAGCAAAUAUGCCGACCACAAGAACUUUAAAAAGUUUGUCAAGACUUCCAAUUUACACCUCCGCGCCCCGAUUGCUCCUCUGAAACGCCUCCAGCUGGCAGAUGGAUUUGUGACCUGUAUUUAAGUACUUGACCUUCACAUAUUUAUUUAAUUUUGCUAACAACAAAUUUACUAAAUAAACUCAAAGCUUUAGCCGGA